ACCCCUUCUCCGCCUCCCAGCCCCUCUAGGGAGGCUGAGGAGGCCUAAGGGCUGAGGCUGGUCUGCGGUUGGCGGGUGACAAGCCGGAGCCGGGACAGUGUGAGUGCUUCCUGCCUCGGCUGCCGGCCGCUUCACUUCGCUUUGGGUGACCUUCGUGAGGCCAGGGACAGGGGGCGGAGAGUCGCGCGGGAGCUGUGUGACGAGGCGCCGCCGCGGUUCUGCGUGAAAGCAGCUAGCCGGCAGGUCUGCCAACGGGGCCAUCGGCCGUGUGGGGCCGGCGGAGCCCGCGAGGCUCGGGCCUGAAGCCCGGGGGCUGGGGAACCCGGUCCGGGGCUGGCGCACUCGGGACAGCGGUGAGGUCCGGCCCUUAGCUCUGCGAGCGGGGUUCCAGCGCCCGGUGUGGAAGGCCUUUCCCCAAGUAACAUAAUGGCGGAAACUGCUUCUCCACUGAAGCACUUUGUGCUGGCUAAGAAGGCAAUUACUGCAAUCUUUGACCAAUUACUGGAGUUUGUUACUGAAGGAUCCCAUUUUGUUGAAGCAACAUACAAGAAUCCAGAACUUGAUCAAAUAGCUACUGAGGAUGAUCUGAUAGAAAUACAGGGUUAUAAAAACAAGCUUUCCAUCAUUGGUGAGGUGCUGUCUCGGAGGCAUAUGAAAGUGGCAUUUUUUGGCAGGACAAGCAGUGGGAAGAGCUCUGUUAUCAAUGCAAUGUUGUGGGAUAAAGUCCUCCCUAGUGGGAUUGGCCAUACAACCAAUUGCUUCCUGAGUGUUGAAGGAACUGAUGGAGAUAAAGCCUAUCUUAUGACAGAAGGAUCAGAUGAAAAAAAGAGCGUGAAGACAGUUAAUCAGCUGGCCCAUGCCCUUCAUAUGGAUAAAGACUUGAAAGCUGGCUGUCUUGUGCAUGUAUUUUGGCCAAAGGCAAAAUGUGCCCUCUUGAGAGAUGACCUGGUUUUAGUGGACAGUCCGGGUACAGAUGUCACUACAGAGCUGGAUAGCUGGAUUGAUAAAUUUUGCUUAGAUGCUGAUGUCUUCGUUUUGGUUGCAAACUCUGAAUCAACACUAAUGAACACGGAAAAGCAGUUUUUUCACAAGGUCAAUGAGCGACUUUCCAAACCUAACAUUUUCAUUUUGAAUAAUCGUUGGGAUGCCUCUGCAUCAGAGCCAGAAUAUAUGGAAGAUGUACGUAGACAGCACAUGGAAAGAUGCCUGCAUUUCUUGGUGGAGGAGCUUAAAGUUGUGGAUCCUUUGGAGGCACAGAAUCGUAUCUUCUUUGUUUCUGCAAAGGAAGUUCUUACUGCUAGAAAGCACAAAGCACAGGGGAUGCCAGAAGGUGGUGGGGCACUUGCUGAAGGAUUCCAGGCAAGAUUACAGGAGUUUCAGAAUUUUGAACAAAUUUUUGAGGAGUGUAUCUCGCAGUCAGCAGUGAGAACAAAGUUUGAACAGCACACUAUCAGAGCUAAACAGAUACUAGAUACUGUGAAAAUCAUAAUGGAUUCAAUAAACGUGGCAGCAGCAGAGAAAAGGGUUUAUUCAAUGGAAGAGAGGGAAGAUCAAAUUGAUAGACUGGACUUUAUCCGAAACCAGAUGAACCUUUUAACACUGGAUGUUAAGAAAAAAAUCAGGGAGGUUACAGAGGAGGUGGCAAACAAGGUGUCAUGUGCAAUGACAGAUGAAAUUUGCCGACUGUCUGUGUUGGUUGAUGAAUUUUGUUCAGAGUUUCAUCCUACUCCAAGUGUAUUGAAAGUAUAUAAAAAUGAGUUAAAUAAGCACAUAGAAGAUGGCAUGGGAAGAAAUUUAGCCGAUCGGUGCACAAACGAAGUCAAUGCUUCAAUGCUUCAAUCCCAGCAAGAAAUUAUUGAAAAUUUGAAACCAUUACUUCCAGCUGGUAUACAAAAUAAACUACAUACACUGAUUCCUUGCAAGAAAUUUGAUCUCAGCUAUGACCUAAAUUGCCAUAAGUUAUGUUCAGAUUUUCAAGAGGAUAUUGUAUUUCGUUUUUCCCUGGGCUGGUCUUCCCUUGUCCAUCGUUUCCUGGGCCCGACAAAUGCUCAGAGGGUGCUGCUAGGAUUAUCAGAGCCCAUCUUCCAGCUCCCCAGAUCUUUAGCUUCUACUCCCACUGCUCCUACUAAUCCAACAACGCCAGACAAUGCAUCACAGGAAGAACUCAUGGUUACCUUAAUAACGGGAUUAGCUUCUCUCACAUCUAGAACUUCUAUGGGCAUCAUCGUUGUUGGAGGGGUGAUUUGGAAAACCGUAGGCUGGAAACUCAUAUCUGUUUCAUUAAGUAUGUAUGGAGCUUUGUAUCUUUAUGAAAGGCUGACCUGGACCACCCGUGCUAAGGAGAGAGCCUUUAAACAGCAGUUUGUGAACUAUGCAACUGAAAAACUGCAGAUGAUUGUCAGCUUCACGAGUGCAAACUGUAGCCAUCAAGUACAACAGGAAAUGGCAACCACUUUUGCUCGCCUGUGCCAACAAGUUGAUAUUACACAAAGACAUCUGGAAGAAGAAAUUGCUAGAUUAUCCAAAGAAAUAGAUCAACUGGAGAAAAUACAAAGCAAUUCAAAGGUCUUAAGAAAUAAAGCCGUUCAACUUGAAAAUGAGCUGGAGAAUUUUACUAAGCAGUUUCUACAUUCAAGCAAUGAAGAAGAAUCUUAACAGUAGAGAUUGCUUUGGUGAUCAUCAUAGGAGAAAAUGGAACUUGGAAGAUUGGGACAGUUUUUUUAUGAAAUGACUUUAAAUAUGAAUUAUACUAACUGUACCUAAAUAGCAAAUCCUUGUGUAGAUUCUGAUAAUGAUCUAUCUCAGGGUGUUUGCAUUUCUGAAGAGUAUUAUAUGAGGUCUUUUUAAUUUUACUUUUGGGUAAAGAAAAGGCUAAACUGUGUUUCAAAUGAAUUAAAAGCAACAGAACCAACUAUGUGACCCCUGAGGGGUGGGGCCUUGUUCUUAAUUAGGGCUCUCUUUGUUUUUGAUUCUGAAAAAACUCUGCUUCCUGGCAUCCAGGAGUUAGAGAAUGCUCAUUUCAUCUUUUCUCAAAACUAAUUUUUGAUGCCUACUUCAAUGGGAAUAGUCAUUUUUUUCUUUUAUAAACUGCAUUGCUCUAUCAAGGAGAGUGGAAUGUUCUUGAGUGUAUUCUUUAUGCAAGUUACAAUCACUUUUGCCAUCCUGGCAGGUAUGUAAACCACUAAUAAAUACACUGUUUUUACUCUUUUUUCCCAUUAAAAUGGAUGUAAAAUAGUAUAAAGAUUUGUUAUUAUAGUCUCUUAUAAAAGUAUAAAAAUUUCUGGGUCUGAAUAGUUGCCUGAUCUGUUUCUAAAGAAACAUUUUCAGUUUCAACUAUGAUUACAGCGAGGAAACCUUUCUAUCUCAGUUUUAGGAGCAAAGUUUGAAGUGAUAAAAAUAGCCAAAGAUACGGGAGCUCUGACUUUUGGGUGGUUGUAUUCCUGUACCAAUGCCGUUGUUCUUCAGAAGGUACUUGCAGAGGAUACUGCUGGAUUGUCCCCCCGGGUGGCUUUACUUUAAUUGUAUGAAUUUGCCAGGGCACUGUUAAUAUUACUGUACUUUUUAACUUAAUGAAAUGUUCGUGAGUUCAAGUAUUGUCUGUUUCUGUGUAAAAACUAAUUUAAACUUGUAUGGAAACGUGAAAAAAUGACAUUCUAGGGCUUUGCUACACAAAAUGUAGCCUUGAGGAUCACCAAAGCAGCAGCAUCUAGAUGCUUGUUAGAUGCAUAAUGGCUGCAUUUGGCAAGGGGUACUUUGUGCUUUUCCGUAGAGGGAUAACCUGUUAGGCUCUUUUAUUCUUAAUACUAUUUCCUUUCUUGUGCCUUUAAGGCUUCUGGAUGCUACUCAGUCUUUUCAUAACAGGUGCAGCACUAUUUUUCAGGAUAUCUUAAGGAGAAAAUAUUCUUUAGGCCACAGAAGCCUUUCAAAAAUGUUUUUAUGCAGAGCAGAUACUAGGAUGCACUAUUCAAAUCCAAAUACUAGUUUAUAGCUUGUUGUUGCUUUAUAACCAAAAAUAGUACAGGCUACCAACAAAUGGGAUUAGGUAACAAAUUCCACAUGAAAAACUAAUGUCUAAGAUUCUGGGUACUGCUAAUUUAGGUUACAAGUUCAAGACCUUAAUCUUUAUAUGAAAAGUACUUGAACUUUUGACACAGUGUAGUUUGGUAUCACUGCAUUAGAAUGGUACAGUGCCUGUCAAAGUUUGACCUCUGGAUUAUCUGUGUAUCACUUGUGAACUAAGAAAUACAUAUUGCAGGGUCUCACCCCAGACCUAUUAAAUCCAGGACUAGGUUUGGAAACCAGCCAUCUGUUUGAACAAGCCCUCCACGUGAUCCUGAUGCACACUAAAGUUGGGGUAAUACUGGAAUAGUGGUUCUGGUACAAUUUAUAGUAAGUUUUCCAUCACUAGUUUGAAUGCAUUUCCACCUGAUCAAGUUUGAAAAUGCAUGAAUGUUGGAAACAGAACACUAAAAUAAUGAAACUCAACCUUUAUGCCUGGAGAUAAGUGCAUCUAUGACUAAGCCCGUGAAUUAUACAGAAAUUAUGUAUUUCACAGCUGUAGUUCAAAGUUAUUGCACAUACUUGAUUACUAUACGUUUGCGAGAUUAUUUAUAAACUUUGUAUAACCUUAAACUUUUUAUAGAACUACAUUUUUAUAAGUAUGCAAGUGAAAAUAAAACUUGUUUGCCUGA